UGUCCGAAGGUCAGGCAGGCCCAUGGUGAGGAGGGCACCCGGCUCAGGCAUGGCCCCUGACAGCGGCCCGCGGAGAGUGGGGGUGCUGGGCUUCGGCCGCCUCGGACAGUCCCUCGUCUCCCACCUGCUGAGUCAGGGUCAGGACCUGGGCUUGGAGCUGGUCUUUGUCUGGAACCGGAACCCCGAACACAUGGCAGGACAGGUGCCGCAGUCCCUGCAGCUCAAGAACCUGGCUGCCCUGGGGGAGAGGCACCCGGAUCUCGUAGUGGAAGUUGCUCAUCCCAAAAUAGUGCAGGAAUUUGGGCCUGGGAUCCUGGAGCACGCCAACCUGCUGGUGGGGUCCCCCUCGGCCCUGGCUGAUGCCAACACCGAAAAGCGGCUCCUGGAGGCGUCGCGCCGCUGGGACCACUCCGUGUUCGUGGCCCGGGGGGCUCUGUGGGGGACCGAGGACAUCGCCCGGCUGGACGCGGCCGGGGGCCUCCAGAGCCUCCGCGUGACCAUGGCCACGCACCCCGACGGCUUCCGGCUCGAGGGCCCCCUGGCCGCGGCGCGCUGCUCGGAGCCGCGCACGGUGCUCUACGAGGGCCCGGUCCGCGGCCUCUGCCCCUUCGCGCCCCGCAACUCCAACACCAUGGCGGCCGCCGCCCUGGCCGCGCCCAGCCUGGGCUUCGACGGCGUCGUCGGGGUGCUGGUGGCCGACCUCAGCCUCACCGACAGGCACGUGGUGGACGUGGAGCUGCGCGGACCCCCGGGCCCCUCGGGCCGGAGCUUCGCCGUGAGCACGCGCAGAGAGAACCCCGCGCAGCCGGGCGCCGUCACGGGCUCGGCCACCGUCACCGCCUUCUGGCGCAGCCUCCUGGGUUGCUGCCAGCUUCCCGCCAGGCCCGGGAUCCACCUCUGCUGAGGAGGCUGCGCCUCUCCCCACCCCCCCGCCCCGUCGCGCUGCGGCCUGGGUCUCGGUGUCCCCGGGUAGCCCCAAUAAAG